UCCUGUUUUGCCCUCUGCCGCUCCCUCCUCCGCCUCCUGCUCUACCGUGCAUUGCUGCCUCACUCCCACCCUCUCCGCUGGGGUCAGCCAAUUGGAUCGCUCCACCCAGCUUUCUCCGCGUGGUUUGUCGGCUCCUGAUCUCUCUUUCAGCUCGGAAUCUGCGGCCGACGGCGUUUUCUUCCGUGUGGUGAUCGCUUGCCAUCUUGUAAGGGUUUCGAAUGUGUUUCACUACAAAAACCUUACUCUUGGCAGCCACUGAUCUCGUUUGAUACAGGUUUCGCUUAUCUAGUAGAGUUUUCUCAGUGCAUGGUUGAUUUUUCUUUGGCAGUUUGGAGUUGAGAACGAGUUAGGGUUUUGGAGUGAGAUCUGACCGGAAUUGAGUGACUUUUUUUUUUGGCUGUUGACUACUGAAAAUUGAUAGCGACUUGAAAAUUCUUCUUCACUUCUUUUCUUCAAGGCAAAGUUUUUCUCUUUUGAUGUUCUUGAGUGAUGGUUUGAGAGAGAAGUGGAGAAGAGGAAUAGGAAAACGAGCGUGUGACUACUGACAGGUUGAAGGUGGAUCUCUGUUAGAAGAUGGGUGGAAGCGAGACCGAUAGCAAGGGGCCAAAAACAUCGACUGCGCAGGAGCAGCCACGAGCUACCAGCUCCAGCCCCACUGCAGCAGCCUACACGGAUUGGUCUGGAUUUCAGGCAUACUCACCGAUUCCUCCACCUGGCUUCUUCCAUGCCCCAGUGGUGUCAAGUCCCCAAGCUCAUCCUUAUAUGUGGGGACCUCAGCACCUUAUGCCACCUUAUGGUACACCACCACCACCAUUUGUGAUGUAUCCUCAUGGAAUAUAUGCACAUCCAUCCAUCCCACCGGGUUCACAUCCAAUCAGCCCCUAUGGUAUACCUUCUCCGAAUGUAAAUGCUGAAGUUUGUGGAAAUAUGCCUCCUAGCACUGAAGGAGAUGCAAAGACAUCUGAGGGAAAGGAAAAGAAACCCUUUAGACGAUCAAAGGGAAGUCUUGGAAGUUUGAAUAUGAUAACAGGAAAAAGCAAUACUGACAUCGAUAAGCCAUCAGGAGCGCCUAAUGGAAUCUUAUCUUAUAGUAAUGAUAGUGGAAGUGAAGAUUCAAGUGAAGGGAGUGAUGCUAAUUCUCAGAACGACUCAGAACCAAAGACAGUUGGCAGACAGAAGACUCUGGAUGAGACGACUACGAAUGGCACAACUGCCACAGGUAUUACACCAUCACAUGCGAUGUCACAUCAGACAAUGCCAUUAAUGCCUAUGCUAGCAGCUGGAGUACCUGGAGUUGUUGCUGGUCCUACUACAAACUUGAAUAUUGGAAUGGAUUACUGGGUUACUCCAGCUUCAUCUGCAUUCCCUCCAGCUGGGACGGUUCCUACUGCACCAGCCACAGGAACAACAGUGUCUGGCACACUUGUUGGAGCAAGUGAAAAGGUUCCAUCAGAGAUAUGGCUUCAGGAUGAAAGAGAACUAAAAAGGCAGAGACGGAAACAGUCAAACAGGGAAUCAGCACGUCGUUCUAGGUUGCGCAAGCAGGCAGAGUACGAAGAAGUGGCUCAGCGUGUGGAGGUUCUGAAAGAGGAGAAUACGGCUCUUAGAGCAGAAUUAGACAACUUUAAGAAAGAAUAUGAUGAACUUCUCGCCCAAAAUGCUUCUCUUAAGGAGAGAAUGCAAGGAAAAAUGAAAGUAUCAGCCUCAGAAAUUGAUAAUAACCAGCAAGACGAUAACACACAGAUUGACUUAGAUUCUGAUCCGCAAGCAGGGAAAUCAGACAGUAAGCAGCUGGGUGAUCACUAACAUCACAGCUGCUUCAAUAACAUAUCGACCAAACACAACGCUAACUAAUCCACGACAACUUCUCCAACUCUUAGCAUAGUAGCAAAUCUGAUGUGGUUACUUAUUUUUGGCCAUUGCAUCGUCAGUGCGGUCUACACGGGGUGUUGUCUCGACUGAUUUUUUAGCAGUUAAGGCAAAGCCAUGUAGUUUUCCUUAUACCUAAUAAGACUGAUUGUGUGAGUGAUAAUGCACUGAAUCUGUUUAACAUAUUCAAUAUUGUACAAUACUCAGAGUAGAAUUACUACCAGCUCCUAAUUAACUUGAUUCAUGCAUUGUAUUAAGUGUAACCUUUUUCUCAAAGGAAUGGUUUAUAUAAAAUAGUUCAUGACUAGUUCUUUUUUA